AUGGCGCCGGCACUGACUGCCUCGGUGGCGAUGGGCGUCGCCCGGCGACAGCUGCUGGCCCCGACCGCCUCGUCCGCCCCCCGCGUCGCCGCCACCGCCGCCGUCCGGAUACUCGCACAGCAGCGCGGCUACGCGACGCCGAAGGGCCCCCCUCCUGCCAACUUCCGCACGAGCAGGCGCACCGAGUGGCCCUGGGACAAGGAGAGCACGCUCGACCGCAUGGGCAAAUUCUUCCUCUUGACCGAGAUGGCGAGGGGAAUGUAUGUCCUGCUCGAGCAAUUCUUUCGACCUCCGUACACCAUCUUCUACCCCUUCGAGAAGGGCCCCAUCUCCCCCCGAUUCCGUGGCGAGCACGCCCUCCGACGAUACCCCUCUGGCGAAGAGCGCUGCAUUGCCUGCAAGCUCUGCGAAGCUAUCUGCCCUGCCCAGGCCAUCACCAUCGAGGCCGAGGAGCGCGCCGACGGCUCCCGCCGCACCACCCGCUACGACAUUGACAUGACCAAGUGCAUCUACUGCGGCUUCUGCCAGGAGUCGUGCCCCGUCGACGCCAUUGUCGAGAGCCCCAACGCCGAGUACGCGACCGAGACGAGAGAGGAGCUUUUGUACAACAAGGAGAAAUUGCUCUCCAACGGCGACAAGUGGGAGCCCGAGCUGGCCGCCGCCAUCCGCGCCGACUCGCCCUACCGAUAA